UCCCUUUGGCCGGCCGCAGGUUGGUGGCAGGAGGAGGGGACCGCUGCGGGCGCGGGGAGGGGGUGCCGCACCGCCGGGGCCAUGGCGGAGCCGGGAAGCCGCGAGCCCGACACCCGGGCCUGUAGCCCAAGUGUCACCGCCAUGGCCCCACCGCAGCUCUUCCGCGCAUUCGUGUCGGCGCAAUGGGUGGCCGAGGCGCUGCGGGCUCCGCGCGCGGGACAGCCCUUGCAGCUGCUGGACGCCUCCUGGUACCUGCCCAAGCUGGGCCGUGACGCACGCCACGAGUUCGAGGAGCGCCACAUCCCAGGCGCUGCCUUCUUCGACAUCGACCAGUGCAGCGACCGCACGUCACCCUACGACCACAUGCUGCCAGGCACCGAACACUUCGCCGAAUACGCGGGCCGCUUGGGCGUGGGCGCAACCACGCACGUGGUGAUCUACGACGCCAGCGACCAGGGCCUCUACUCUGCCCCGCGCGUCUGGUGGAUGUUCCGCGCCUUCGGCCACUCAGCUGUGUCGCUGCUCGACGGCGGCCUCCGCCAAUGGCUGCGCCAGGGCCUCCCGCUCAGCUCAGGCAAGAGCCACCCUGCACCCGCUGAGUUCCGCGCUAAGCUCGACCCCACCUUCGUCAAGACUUACGAGGACAUCAAGGAGAACCUGGAAUCCCGGCGCUUCCAGGUGGUGGACGCCCGCGCCGCUGGCAGGUUCCGCGGCAUCGAUCCGGAGCCCCGAGACGGCAUCGAACCUGGCCACAUUCCCGGCACCAUAAACAUCCCCUUCACAGACUUCCUGACUGAGGAGGGCCUGGAGAAGAGCCCUGAAGAGAUCCGUCGCCUGUUCCAGGAGAAGAAAGUGGACCUGUCCCAGCCACUGGUGGCCACAUGUGGCUCUGGUGUCACAGCCUGCCAUGUGGCCCUGGGGGCCUACCUCUGUGGCAAGCCCGAUGUGCCCAUCUAUGAUGGCUCCUGGGUAGAGUGGUACAUGCGGGCCCAGCCUGAGGAGGUCAUUUCUGAGGGCCGGGGGAAGACCCACUGAGGCUGGGCAGGACACAGGCCUGGUUGUUCUGACUCUGCUUUAACCAACAGAGUGUUUCUUUAUCCAACUCAAGUGCCAUUUGGGGUGACCUCCCAGAGGCCAGGAAUUCCGUUGACUUGUGGGCUACCAGUGGAGCUGGGAGAGAAGGCAGAGGGCAGACACCAUGGGGGAGGUCAGAAGUCCCCACCACCCCACACGGUGCUCAGCCGAAGCCCUGCCUCCUUUCUCUUUGGAGGAAAUAAAAGAGCCAAGUACUAAAUCCUUGUAGCUGUGGGGCCGCCUCAGUUUUCCUAAGGACCAGGGAUUCCAGCCUGCCCAGCCCUGGUUGCUCUGGGGAGCCCAGGGGUCUUGGAGACCCUGUCUCUGCCUUUUAAACAAUGCUAGGGGCUCAGAGGCCCCCCUUCCUGUGAUUGGAAUGGCCCCUAGCCAAUGAUUCCCCCUGAGGGUGUCUCCCUUCUGGCUUCUGGGUUAUAUUUAAGGUGAAUUUUGCUAUGACAUGUCUGGGGUCCCACUAAAGCAUCCUCUACCAGGUACAUCUCAUCUCAAGAGAGAGAUAGGUCCAGAGCUUAACAGGAGGCCAUCCUAGCCCAGCUAGGAUGCUGUGGGGGAAGGGCUCAGUUUGGCUGAACUGAAGGAGAAUCUGGUUCUAACUCUAGGAAUUCACACUGGGGGAACAGUCUCUGGAUCUUCCCAAGGUGGGUGCCCGAGGGAGUCUGGUUCUUUCCGUUUAGGGAGGACAUCUUCCCACUUCCCAAGGGUGGGGCUGCAUCCUUCUCCCUUGGGAUUUAUCCUUUGUGAGGAGGGGGACUUAGGUGCCUCAGGAGGACCCAGAUCCCCCCUCAGGAGCCUCCUCAUCUUUCUAGACCCCAGACACCGUCUCAGCAGCAGAGGGGCAGUGUCCUAUCGGUUGGUCCUAGAAGUGACCUUAUCUGGUAACUCUUUUGGUAACAAAGCCAGAAAGGGGCAGUGACUACCAUCAUACACACUGAGUUUAGGACAGCCCCAGGUCCAGGUUUCCUGACUCUGAAGUUACUCCUUCCACCUGACCUUGUGCCCCACCAACUUCCCUCUGAUGCUGAGUCAUUUCCCAAGCCCACCCGGUGGAGGGGGCUGUGGGAAGCAACAGCACAGUAUCUUGAUUUUACAAAUAAGAGCUCUAAAGUGAGUCCCAA